AUGAGCGGCGGCGUUCAGGAUCUGCAGCUGCCGCCGGGGUUCCGGUUCCACCCGACUGACGAAGAGCUGGUGAUGCACUACCUCUGCCGCCGCUGCGCCGGCCUGCCCAUCGCCGUCCCCAUCAUCGCCGAGAUCGACCUCUACAAGUUCGACCCAUGGCAGCUCCCCAGGAUGGCGCUGUACGGCGAGAAGGAGUGGUACUUCUUCUCCCCGCGGGACCGCAAGUAUCCGAACGGGUCCAGACCCAACCGCUCCGCCGGGUCCGGCUACUGGAAGGCCACCGGCGCCGACAAGCCCGUGGGCACGCCCAAGCCGCUCGCCAUCAAGAAGGCGCUCGUCUUCUACGCCGGCAAGGCGCCCAAGGGCGAGAAGACCAACUGGAUCAUGCACGAGUACCGCCUCGCCGACGUCGACCGCUCCGCCCGCAAGAAGAACAGCCUCAGGUUGGAUGACUGGGUGCUGUGCCGCAUCUACAACAAGAAGGGCGGGCUGGAGAAGCCGCCGGUCGUCGGCGACCACAAGCCGGUGUUCGCCGCGGCCGCGGUGAGCUCCCCGCCGGAGCAGAAGCCGUUCCUGGGGGCGCCGGGCGGGCUGCCCCCCGCCGCGUUCCCGGCGGACCUGGCGGCGUACUACGACCGGCCGUCGGACUCGAUGCCGCGGCUGCACGCGGACUCUAGCUGCUCGGAGCAGGUGCUGUCGCCCGAGCAGCUGGCGUGCGACCGGGAGGUGCAGAGCCAGCCCAAGAUCAGCGAGUGGGAGCGCACCUUCGCCUCCGACCCCGUCAACCCCGCCGGCUCCAUGCUCGUCGACCCCAUCGUCGGUGGCCACACCGGCGACCCGCUGCUGCAGGACAUCCUCAUGUACUGGGGCAAGCCGUUCUAG